GCGUCACUCUUCGGCAAAUGCGGGGAAGUUAAGAAAUCCACUAUCAAAGAUACUUUUUUUUUGUUGUAUAAAUACACUCUACCCAUCGUCAUCGUGUCGUACCUUUUUUCACCCAUUCGCGUUAUUUAUUCACUAUAUACAUAUAAAAUAUAUAUAUAUAGCUCCUCUACUCCUCAACUUGUCUUUUUCAAAUCGUCCAUUAAUUUAAAUUCCAUAACACAUCGGCAACCAGAGGUGCACAAGAGAAUAAAACGCGGACGUCGGCGUCUUCUAGUCACAGUUCACCGGCUGCCUUCUGACCAAUAACAACGUGCAUUGCCUUGGUGUGAUCAAUCGGGAUUAAAAGCUCAACCAAUUUCAUCUGCCUCUUGUUCAGUGAAAAUUAGACUAAAUUUUUUAAUUUAUUUUUUAUAAAAAAAAAUUUUUUGUUACAAAUAUGAAGUCACUGUGUGUGUUAGUUAUUGCCAUAGCUGUGGCCAGUGCCAGUCCAUCUGAAACAGAUGGCCUCCUCACGACAGCCCUCAAAUUUGUCAAGGAUUGUGGUGAUAAAUCAAUGGUCCUAUGCCUAAAGGAACGCGCCUUGCACUAUGUCGAUGGGAGUCAGGGUGAUAUUUCUCUGGCCGAUGGGGUUAGCCUCGUGCAGACGGAGCCUGUGUCCACAGGACGAUCACUGAAUGAGAUCGUUCUGCCAGCUGAACCUGAGGCACGUGAAUCGGAAGUUGAUUCCCUCUUGGUGGACCGUGUUGCCCGCUUCUUGGGAUCUCACACCCUUCAAUUCAAAGUCCCGAAAGAUUCCAUCCAGGAGAUGCAGCGAUCACUCGAUGAAGCUCGUGGAAAGGGAAAGAAGACCAAGAAACUCCUCCUGCCCCUCCUUCUCCUGUUCAAGCUGAAGGCCGCUGCCCUUCUUCCACUGGCCAUCGGAUUCCUCGCCCUGAUCGCCUUCAAGGCCCUCAUCAUUGGCAAACUCGCCCUCCUCCUGUCCGGUAUCAUUGGACUUAAGAAACUCUUCGAAUCCAAACAAUCCCAGAGCUACGAGGUCGUGGCCCAUCCUCAUCACGGUGGUGGUGGCUACGAGGAUCAUCACGGACACUACGCGAGGUCUUUUGAUGCCCACAACUUGGCCUACAACGGUUACACGCAGUAAAUGCAUCCGAUGGUUUGCUACCCUCCCAAAAAUAGGUAUAAAAUCCACCCCCGAAAAAAUUCCUUUUGGGUUCGUUUUGGGGGUGAAAAUGAAAAAUUCGGCGCGAAAUUGGUCAAUUUUUAGGGAAAUUUAUUUAUUUAUUUAAAAACACACGACAAAAAAUGAAAAACUGAAAAAAUCCUUAUUUAUUUUUGACUUACUCUACCAAUUUUAAGAUUAAAAAAAAAAGACAACGAAGAAAUCUCUCCUAAAUCUAUCACAGUUUGUCACAACAAAGAUCAUUCUACUUUAAUUUAUUUAUUCCUAAAAGAUUAAUUGUGUUACAACUUGACGACUGACAUUUAGUCUAUGGACACGAUCUCUAUAUGCUUUCUUUAGUACUUUUCCUCUCACUUUUUUAUAAGGAAUGAAAGAAAAAGAAAAAUAACUUCUAAGUCUUAAAGUAAUUAACAAAUGAAAGAAAGUAAUUUUUAUAAAAUAUUGUGUUUUUUUUCUCUGUUGAUCGCAAUAGAAAAAUUAAUGUUGCAUUUAAUAAGUGCAAGGUUAGUUGGUAAAAAAAGGUAUUUUUUCAAAAAAUGAUGAAAAAAUAUUUUCCUCUAUACAUAUAACAAUUUAACUUGAAAAAAUGAAAAAAAAAUAUGGAAAAAAAACAGAUGAUAACUGACAGACAAAAAAAUGACAAACCAAACAAACUCAGCCAAAAUAUUCUUCACCUUCAUUAUAAAUUACCAAAAUAUCAUGCUUUCGAUCAAUUCGUGAUCGCGUUCGUGCUCAUUAUUUUUCUUCUUCUUCUUAUUAAUAUACAAAACUUGAUUUCUCUGCCACUGCUGAGAGAAAUUUUCCCUUUUCAGUGAUCGAGUUUUUUUUUGUAUUUAUCCUGCGAUUAUUAAUUCGUUUUCUCGCAUACUUAACCCACUAAAAUGAAUUUCUUUUUUUUUUCAACACUGUCUUUCGCGCUCUCAUCUUUUCUCAGUGCAAACACGCACGUUGUCGUGAUCGGUGAUCUCUUUUGCCCCGAGGGGCGAAGAUGUCGAGUACUUUUUUGGCAAUGAUCGCGGCAUACAAAGUGGCCAAUUUGCUUAGGAGGUGGUCGUGAGCACAGAGGGAAAAACGCGCGAUGCUUGGAAAACUGUAACUUUUAUUGAUCGCGCUUGCGUUUCUGAUCAUGAUCAUGUAACGGAACUGCGAUGCAUUCUGGGUCAGCUCCGGAGCUCCAACUCAUAUCUCAUUUAAUGCCAAUAUAUAUGAUACAUUUUCAUACCCCCCCACUUGCUUUUGUAAAAGUGUCUUGUCCCACAGCACGCACCUCCAAUGGUUGCUUCUUCCAAUACAUUUCGCAUCUUUCUUGGUCAACUUCAUUUUUACUUCUUUUCUCCGCGCGCUCUUUUUUUUUCUUUCAAAAGAAGAAAACUUUUACAAACUCUGCAAGAGCUCUGUAAUACAUUCUUCUUUAUUUAUAUAUGUAAAAAUUGGUGUCACUAGACCUGAGUAGGUGAUAACAAAUAAUUUUUCAUAGUCUCACCUUAACUCAUUUGCUAUUAUACGUUUUAGUGUUCAAAUAAGAGAAAAGCUGCGUGUGGUUAUUUUUCCACAUUAUGUACACAUUUCUUUUUGAACGAAAAAUAAGAGAUUCAUUUUGCCUCUUUUCUAUCCGCUCGACAUCUUCAUUUACUUUUCUUUGUAAUUUUAUUCUCUUGCCAAUAUACCUGCGGGGAGCAUCACUGAUUGAUUGAAAAGCCGCUCAUGUUAAUUCAAAACGUGAAAUUGCUUCAAUUACGCACGAAAUUGAUCGAUUUAUUUUGAUGACUAUUUAACCAGCUUAAUGAGUGUGUUACUCACACACAUUUCUUAAUCUCUCUCCAUUCAUUCUUUAAAUCCAAUUUGAGCACACCACGGUGGUCUCAUACUGCAAGCCAAUUCACACACGCAAAUUCCAAUUAAAUCUAUAAUAUAAUAUGAAAAAAAAAAUAGAAAUAAAAUCACAUGUUCACUCAUUACCUUUUCACAAAAUAACAUGAAUUAAGAGAAUGCAAAAAGGGUUAAAUAUAUGUUAAUUAGAGAAAUUCAUGUCUAAAUGCACGUGAAUUCUCUUUGAAAAUGUAAUGAACUUGACCUUAAUAAUGAUUGUAAAGUGAACGAUUGCUGCUUUUUGACCAUCGUAUUGCUCUUUCUCUUCAUUCACACACCAGUAUUAAAUGAAGAAAAACCCCACAAGAUGAUUAUCUAUAUUCCUGGGGUACUUCCUCUUAUAUUUUUUUUCUCUCUUACUCCUCUCUUUCAUCAUUGUUCUAGUAAUUUAUUGUUGUAUAAAGUCGAGAAAUAAAUGUUAUAACUCUUCACAAA